CCUGAGCUGCUGCAGCGUCUUUCUCGCGCCUGCCAGCGCAGCGGCCUCGGUAAGUCGCCUGCUUUUGCACGCAAGCUGCCAGCUCCUGCCCUCAUUCGCUUAGCUUCCGCUUCGCUAGCCCAUCCACCAGGCAGCAACCCACGCCGCCAUACUGAUCCCAGCAUGACCAACAUGGAGCAGGUGUUUGAGCCCACGGAGCCUGCCCGCGUGUUCGUGUGGAGCGGCAGCGACCAGCCUGGGUUCGUGUACCCCGAGCUGAGCCCCAGCGGCGACUGGGGCAUCCCUGACCUGCAGGCGCGGCCCAACCUGGGCGUGGCGCUCAGCGGUGGCGGCUACCGCGCCGCCACCCUGGCCGUGGGCUGGGUGCGCGCACUGUACGCGCUGGGCCUGAUGCCGCAUGUGCGCUACGUGGCCUCCAACUCGGGCGGCAGCUGGUUCAACGGCGUCAUGUCCUUCAGCGGGUUCCCUCUGGCUCCCUUCCUGGGCCCCUACGUGCCGCCUGCCGGCCUGAACCGCACCGCGCUGUCCUCGGCCUCGCUGCUUCCGCCCGGGAGCUGGGGCGACACACUGGCAUCCAAGAGCAUCGUCGCGGACGCCGUCAAGGGCGUGCUCAAGGACCUGUUCGUGCCUGGCCGUGCAUCGUUCAGCGGCUGGACGGCCGCUAUCGCGGAGGCCUUCUACAGCCCCUACGGCCUCGACCUGCAGAACAGCAGCAUCACGGCUCUGCACACGCGCGGCCCGGUGGCCGCCCGCCUGGCGGCGCAGUACCCGGGCGUGCCACUGUACGCGGCCAUGGCCACACCCGACCGGCCCUUCCCCAUCAUCAUGGGCUCCAUCAUGCGCGUCAACACACCCCAGGUGUUCUACGCAUUCGAGGCCACACCUUUGUACGUCGGCGCGCCCGCCCGCAACACGAGCACCGACCCGCCCAUUGGCGCGGGCUUUGUGGAGCCGCUGGGGUUCAACAGCCCCGCGCCCGAGGCGCCGCUGCCGGCGGCAGGCGGCCAGCCGCCUGUGGGCCUGCAGGGCGCUGUGAACGUGACGCCCGUCAAACUGGUGCCUCUGUCCACCUACGCCGGCAUCUCCAGCUCCUUCGUGGCCCAGGGCACCCGGCCCAGCAGCAGCGCCGGGUUCGCGCUGACAGGCACCGAGCGACUCAACUACUGGAACCCGGUGAACUACACGGGCGCGGAGCUGUCGUUCGCUGACGGCGCGGGGGCCGACAACCUGGCUGUGACGCCGCUGCUGCGCCGCCGCGUGAGCAGUGUGGUGGUGCUGGUGGCGGCGUCCAACAGCGCGGAUGUGUCGCCCGCGGACUUUGCAGUGGCCCAGUACGACAUCGCGGGCCUGUUCGGCGCCGUGCCGCUCAACGCCACGUCGUACAAGGGCCUGCAGGAAGGCAUCACGGGGGUGCAGCCCGAGAUGUUCAACAAGGCCCUGCAGGUGUUUCCGCGCGAGGGCUAUGACGAGCUGUACGCGGCUCUGUCCGGCAGCCUGCGGUCGGGCCAGCCCGCGCUGCACCGCGCCAGCUACCCGGUGGUGGACAACGCCAUCCAGGCCAUCACUGGCGGCUGGACGGUGGAGGUGCUGUGGCUGGUGAACAUGCAGUCGCGGCAGUGGGAGUCGCAGCUGCCCAACGACACACAGGCCUUCCUCAACAGCAGCCGGGACGACAAGGACAGCGACCUGCGUCACUACCCCUACAUUUCCACCUUCACCGCCAACUACUCACCGGAGCUGGUCACGCUGCUUAGCCAGCAGGCCAGCUGGAGCCUGCUGCAGGCGGCGGCCGAGCUGCGAGAGCUGCUGGCGGCGGCGGCGGCGCCCAACGCCACCGCGGCCGGAAACGCCGCCGUCGGUGGCGGUGCCGCCGCAAACGAAACAGCCUCCGCCGCCGGCGUAGGCGCGGCGGGCUUAAGUGCUAUCAGCAACAGGACGAUAGGUGGCGGCGGCGAUGGCGAUGACAACGGCACGGUGCAGGCAGAAGGGGCGGGCGGGGCCGCCGCGUUUGGUGUGGGCGGCGGCGCCAACGGCACGGCGGAGUCGGUUGCCGCGGCGGCGAUGCUGCUGGCGCAAUUGGCGUCGGAGCCAUUCCCGCAGCAGAUUGCGGGCGCACUGCCGCCGCGGGUGGUGGCGCAGCUGGAGACACGCAACGCCUCCAAGGGGCUUCCGGAGCCCGCGCGCCAGCCGGUGGUGUCUUACGUAAUGGCCCUGGAGCAGCCGCCGCCGCAGCAGCAGCCGCAGCAGCAGCAGGGGGUUGGGACCAGCACAGCUGCUGCGAGUGGUGGCGGCGCCGGCAGUAGCAACAGGAGCGUGCCAAACCAUGGGACCGCUAACAGCACAGGCAGUAGCAGCGCCGCCAUUGGUGGUAGCAGCACUGGAAACAGCACUACUGCUGCUAAGAUUGUGGGCCCAGAGGUACAGGGUGCGCAGGCGGUUGUGGCGACGGCGCCGCCGCCUGGCGCCGCCGCGCAGGGGGCGGCGGUGCGUGCGGGGGAUGGGGGCAGUUUUCGACGGCUGUGCGUGCUGCUUGCAGCGUGUGCUGUGUUCCUGGGCGCCCUGGAGUGACCUGGCUUACUCCUGCUUACUAUGCUUUGUGUGGGCGGGUAUUUAUGCAUCCUGGUUGGCCGCUGACGGUGGGGAGGGCUGCAGGCAUCGACAUUGUUACCGGUACCGCAACCACAAUCCCCCCGCGUAUCACUUUUAGUUGGUGGGCCCGGAUGACCCCGGUGGUGCCUCUGAGCAACAGCGUGAAGGACUCAUCCUCCAGGUACGUGGACUUGUAGCUGCGUGAAUGUGUUGCUUGCUUUGCUUGUAGUGCUUGCAAUUGAGUGCAGGCUGCUGGCGGUGAUAAAGUUGAAUCGAGUGUCGAGCGAGUGCGCUGUGUACCGUAGUGCAUGGUACGUGUACCGUAUGCAUGGUGUGUGGUGUUUGGUGCACGUGCUGCGCGGACUGACCCCAGGGAAGCGUGGGCGACGUAAUGGCUUACUCCAUCCAGUAGCAUGCCGCGUAGUACGGUAUGCACUAGGUAAUGCGCUCACAGCCAGCAUCAACUACAUACGCACU